AGGGCGCGUCGUGCAAAAAGUUAAAUAUUAAAAGUGACGGUUGCGACUGCGCACAGGAGUUUAGUCCCUUUUGAAGUGGACGGAGGUCGUUAGAACGUGGAGCAGAAGACAAACGUUCAGCAAACUCCAUUUCGCUUGCCGAACCGAAACUCGCCAACCGUUCGACAUGUCGUCCCGAUCGAAGGAGAAAGUAACGGCCGCCAUCCGGAAGUUCUUCAAGAGCUCGGAAAGCAAAAAGGAAAGCAAAGACAAGGACACGCCGGCUCCCGAAGCAGCCGACGCAGGCAGUCUCCUACAUCUGGCCCCGCACCAUCACCACCACCACCACCACAACAGUCACCACCAUCACCAGCACCAUCACCUGCACCACCAUCAUCCGGCACCUCCGUCCAGUGCGGCGCCGCUUGCUGGCGCUCCUCCCGGAAGCACUGACAAGGGUGGCCCGAGCGGGGCCGGCACUGGGGCCACGGGAACGAACACUGGCGGCAACGGCAGCACCGGAAACAGUAAAGCCAACACGGACAGCCCCAUGAGGCGGUUGCGAUGUGUGGUAGCCCCAAGCAGCACUGCCAUGGUGCCCGUUCCGGUGACGAAACCACUCGAUACGACGAUCCGCUCGAGGCGGUUGAUGAAGGAGCUGAAGGAGAUCGAACGGUUGCAGCACUCGCGGGCGGAACCCUACUUCACGGUCGAGCUGAUCAACGACAACCUGUACGAGUGGCACGCGCGGCUCCUUCGCAUCGACCCGGACUCGCCACUGGCCGAGGAUCUGGUUGAGCUGAACAUUCCCUUCAUCCUGCUGCACCUGGUGUUCCCGGAGAACUUCCCGUUCGCGCCCCCGUUCAUGCGGGUCGUCGAGCCGCGCAUCGAGAAGGGCUUCGUGAUGGAGGGCGGUGCCAUCUGUAUGGAGCUGCUGACACCACGUGGCUGGGCCAGCGCCUACACGGUCGAGGCGAUCCUGAUGCAGUUCGCCGCCAGCCUCGUCAAGGGUCAGGGUCGGGUGUCGCGAAAACCAAAGUCCUCGAAGGAUUUCAGUCGCCGAUCCGCCGAAGAAGCCUUCCGGUCGCUGGUGAAAACUCACGAAAAGUACGGCUGGGUAACGCCGGCCCUCAACGACGGCUAGACAUCGGUGGCCACUCCGGUCGAACGCCACUUUAGUUAGUCCCAAAAAAUGACCUCGUAACUUGGAAGCGCAGCGAAGAAGCGGAAACAUCGAUCCAACCAUUCGAACUCAUCGUGCUGCGUGCUCCAUUCGUGCAUAUUUUCACAACGUCUAGAAGCGAGAGUGCUGCUUCACUCACAAUAGUGUACCAAUUUUCCCUCCAACGAUCUCGUUGCCUCCUCGUUAGUAAUCGGCUUUAGUAAAAAGAGAACG